CUGCUGGGAUAGAUCUGGCAGGAAGUAAAAACGUCUGACCAGAGUCUGUGUGCUGGCAGAUUGAGUUUUCUUCCUCAGAGACUAGUGGAGGAGAGGAACUGUUUCUAGAUGUAACUAGCCGUGCUAGGUUUCUCACACAGUGUCAGAUAGAUAGGGAAGCAUGCACCCCAGCAAGGAAAAAUAAUGGUGUCGCUACUGCCAGUGCCAAAACGAUUCACUUGUCCAAUGUAAAAAUGGCAAAAGAGACAUGCUAGGGACUACUCGAGGGAUCAGAAUACAUAACGUUCUACCCUUUGGAACAUCGUUAUGGAACUAGUGACUGAAACCAAAGCCAGCACCUGCCUGCGUAUACUGGACAAACAUGCCCAGCUCAUUCUUGCACAGAUGAAUCGGAUGAGACACCAGCUUGAGUUCUGUGAUGUGCAAAUACAGAUCGGUGACGUAAAGUUUGGGGUACACAAGUUAGUUUUGGCUGCAAGCAGCCCCUAUUUUGCAGCACUUCUGGCUGGUGGAAUGAAAGAGUCUCUGACUGAAGUGGUACAGAUUCAAGGACUAAACCCAAAUAGCUUUCAACUGAUUUUGGAUUUUAUUUACACAGGCUCAGUAAAGAUCAGCACAGAUAAUGUUGAAGAUCUGAUGACUGCAGCAGAUAUGCUUCAGCUGAGCCAUGUGGUGGAGCUGUGCUGUGACUUUCUAAAGGAGCAUACUGAACCAGCCAAUUGUAUAGGCUUCUUCCAGUUUGCAGAGCAUCUAUCCUGCCAACCACUGCUUGAAUACACAGAAAGUUACAUCCACACACAUUUUACAGAGGUGCAGAUUGGGGAUGAAUUUCCGACCCUGACUAAGGAUCAGCUAGUACAAAUUUUACAAAGCGAAGAGCUCAGCAUUGAAGAUGAAUACCAAGUUUUCUCUGCUGCAAUGAUAUGGAUACAGAAGGACAUUGUAACACGGAAGAGACAUGUUAUUGAAGUUUUGGAGCCUGUUCGGUUUUCAUUGUUACCUCCAAAAAGACUUCACAAAGCUAUUGAAGAUGUUGCAGACUUCAGCCUUCGUGUAGCUCUGCAGACCCUCCUGAGGGAAUACUGUGAGCUGAGCCACUCACCAAAAGACAAAAAACUGUGCAACUUUCUGCAGACAUCUCGAGUUCGGCCACGCAGGAAAGCCCGGAAAUUUCUUUAUGCCAUUGGUGGAUACACUCGUUUGCUAGGUGGCCGCUGGAGUGACAGCAGAGCUCUAAGUUGUGUGGAACGCUUUGAUACCUUUAGCCAGUACUGGAGCACAGUGUCUUCUCUGCACCAAGCUCGAAGUGGGAUGAGUGUAGCAGUUUUGGAAGGGAGAAUCUAUGUAAUUGGAGGUGAGAAGGACUCUAUGAUUUUUGACUGUGUGGAAUGCUAUGACCCAGUGAGUAAACAGUGGGCAGCAGUGUCUUCCAUGAACCAGCCUCGGUGUGGGCUUGGCGUAUGCGCCUGUCAUGGAGCCAUCUAUGCCUUAGGAGGCUGGGUUGGAUCAGAAAUUGGAAAUAGCAUUGAGCGCUUUUCACCUGAAGAGAAUGCUUGGCAAGUAGUAGGAAGCAUGGCUGUUCCUAGGUAUAACUUUGCUUGCUGUGAAAGGCAGGGUAUGAUUUAUGUGGUUGGUGGUAUCAGCCACGAGGGUACGGAGCUACGCUCUGCUGAAGUGUAUGAUCCCAUUACCAGACGCUGGAUGUCAUUGCCUCCCAUGGGAACCCGCAGAGCAUAUCUAGGUGUUGCCUGUUUAAAUGAUUGUCUCUAUGCAGUGGGUGGAGGGGAUGACAGUCAAGAUGCAUUGAAUACAGUGGAGAAAUUCUCUUUUGAGGAGGAGCAGUGGGUGGAAGUGGCUCCAAUGAAGAUUCCAAGAUGCGGCGUAUCUGUAGUGUCUGUAAAUGGCCUUCUUUAUGCUGCCGGAGGACGCUCCAUCAAGCAGAACUUUACAGCUCCUGUUACAACUGACACAGUGGAAGUUUAUAACCCUCACACAGAUUCCUGGACUGAUAUUGGCAUCAUGAUUACAAGCCGCUGUGAGGGAGGACUUGCUGUGCUAUGACAGCAAUACGCAUAUACAGUAUAUAAAUAGGUCUAACUGCAAAUAUUUCACAGCACUUCCAUGAGGCUAACUUUGUUUUUGUAGUCUGAUAGUUUUGUUUUGUAGUCUGAUGAGUGUAAAAUCUGUUUUUUAGAAGAGCUCAGUUUGCAUAAAAUACAUGUUCUCUGAAACUCAGAGACUUGUCUGAAGGCAGCAUAAUUGGGCUACCAAUGCAAAGUCAACAUUUUGUUUUAGACAAUUUUGAUAAUCAUUUUCAAGUGAGCUACAGAUUGUCUCCUCUUGAAAUCUUGUAUUGCAUACAAGAUAUAUUUUGAAACUGUCAAUAAAAGAUGAGG